AUGGCGGAUGGGACGUCCACCACCACAUCUGUGAACCUGUUCGAUUUCCCUACGAUUCAAACCGUCACCUCACUCCACCUCCUGCAUCAAUCAAAAAAAUACAACGAAUUCAAGCUAAAGACUGGGAUCACACACUCGGUAUUGACUCAUGGUCUCUCAUAUGGCGCAGACAGUAGCUGCCUAACCACAUUCACAGCGGAUCUUGGACGAACCGUAACGAAGGGAAUCGCAGUAAUUGACCCAGAGAUAGUGACGCCAGACGAGCUUGCAGAAAUGCACGCCAACGGGGUCCGCGGUAUCAGAGUCAACAUUUAUAAGUACAACGCAAUGCAUGAUGUUGAGCAUCAGAAAGUUGUCUUGACGGCCCAUGCGCGGGCGCUGGACGGCAAUGUUACACACUGGAAUAUGGCGUUUACGCAUACUCAUCCGGAGUUUUGGGGGGCAUUAAAGCCUGUUAUUGUGGGAGAGAUUGUACCGAGAGGAAUUCGACUUGUGACGGAUCAUUUUGCCUUGCUAAAGGGGGCAAGUAUGCUGCCUUUUGAAUGCGAGGGCAACAUCAAUCGACAACAGGGAUUUGAAGAUAUUCUGGAUCUAGUCCAGGCAGGUCAUCUUUUCGUGAAGCGCCUGCGCGACGCUAUUGACUCGCGAAUCGCAGAGGAACAGGCUCGUCAAAAGUCCGCCCAAGACAAUAUCACCCGCUCCAAUUCCUCUCGAAGACCACCCUCCUCAUCCCCCGGUCAACGGCCCCGCGGACAACGCAACGCAAGCACCCCGGUUCGAGGCCCAGAUCCAAAGGAGUUCGAGGCAGAAUUCACCAUCGGCGAUGAUGAUGCCUCUAGUCGCUCGGGGACUCCCCGCGUAGAUACCCCGGACCCGGCCUCGGAGGUGACUAGUUCAGCGGGCGAUCGUGCGGAGGAGACAGAAACGGCCCCUUCCACUACCGAUGUCUCUGAGGACACCACUGAAAACACUGAAAAGACCGAUAACUCCGAUAAAAGUGACAAAGAAAAGGAACCUGCCUCGUCCGCUGCGGCUGCAGAUGCGGAGUCAAAUAAACCUGCGGCAACCGAGUUGCCUGCUGAUGUCAGGGCUAAACUGCGCCGGUUGGAUAAACUGGAAUCCCGUUACCAUGAACUUCUCAAAGCUUACCGUAACGCACACUCGCGUGUCCUGUCCAUCGAACCUUUCGAAGCUGCCCUGCGCGAAAAUACCCCUCUUACCUCGAUUGGCGAACCCAAGGCCCUGACAGAAUACCUCAAUCAGAUCUCGCUCAAGUCGGAUAUGGUGAUGGAGGAGAUGAAGCGGGUAGCGACCGAGCGCGAUGACUUCAAAAAGAGAAUGGACGAGGCAGAGAAAUCUGCAAAGGAAGCUCUGGAUGAAGUCACGGGCCUCAAGAAAGAAAAGGAGGAGAAGAGGCCUUCUAAAGAAAAGACGUCUUCCGAUGACAAGGAGGAAACCAGCGAGGAAUUCUUCUCAUUCGAUAACGAGGUUCCCCGAUUGGAGGGCGAGUUGAAGGAAAAGCAAGAGGAGGUUGAGACUCUGAAGUCAGAGGUCGAACAGCUCAAGAAGGAUGUUUCAGUCACCCGCGAAUCUACGGAGGGCAUGGUACAAAACUUGGAAUCUGCCACUCGGGAAUUGGUGGAGUUGCGCGACACCAAGACGAAGCUUGAUGAGGAGAUCGAGGGUCUUAAGUCGAAGUCCAGCAACACUGAAGACGUCAAGGCGAAGCUCGCGACUGCCGAAUCUACCCUCGAAAGCACAAUCGCCGAAGCUGAGAAGCUGAAGAAAGAACUCAAGGAAAAGAGUGACGAUAUCGAGAAACUUCAAGUUCAAGCAACCGAGGCUGACAAGGCUAAGAAGACCGAAGACAACUCCGAGUUGGUAUCGCAGCUCGAGGAGGCCAAGAAGGUUAAGGACGCCAGUGAGAAACGUCUUAAUGUCGUACAGGGCCUAGUUGACAGCCUCAAAUCCCAGCUCAAGGACGCUGAAUCUACUGUGUCUGAUCUCAAGUCAGACAUUGCCAAGAAUUCAGAAAGCUCUGAGAAACUGCAGAAGGUUGUCGAUUUUAUGGACAGCAACAUGAAGGACAACAAUGCCUGGAAGACUGCCAAGGAGAAUGUCUCUGCAGGAAAGGUCGCCGAUUUCGAAGAGAUUCGCAAGAGCUUGGCUCCCGCCGAGAAAGCCACUCAGGCUAGCACGACUGCUACUCUCCAGAAGGAUUCAACACCAGCCGUCACGCCCGCAUCUACCGGCGGUGGAGCUGGUGGAAAUAAGAAGAAGAACAAGAAGAAGAAGAAGGGAGGCAAUGCUGCUGCAGAACCAGCUAAAUCCAGCGAUGCGCCAACUGAGCAGGUUGAACAGGCCGAGGAGCUUGCAGAGCCAACCGUACCCGCUGCAGAACUCGAAGAGCUAAAGCAAAAGAUCGAGAAUCUCAGCAAGCAGCUAUCCGACAAGGAGGACGCUAUCGACCGUCUUAGCGCUAAGCUCAAGGGAGAAGAAGAUUUGAAGGAAGAGAUAGAAUCCUUACGUGAUGACUUGAUCAAUGUGGGACAAGAGCACGUCGAGUCUAAAGAUAAGAUUAAGGUGCUUACUGCGGAGAAGUCUGCCCUUGAAGAAACUAUCGGCAAAUUGGAGAAGGAGUUGAUUGAUCUCCGGACUAGCAAUGCUUCAACCAGUGCUGAUUCAGAGAAGUUACAAAAGGGCCUCAAGGAGGAAUUCGAGGCUCUGAAAAUCAAGGCGGCUACUAUGGAAACAGAUCUUUCUGCCGCAAAGCAGCUGGCUGCCACCCGGUUUAAAGACCUGACUGACUUACGCGAAACGCUCCAGAAGGUCCAACCAGAGCUGCGUAACCUCCGAGCUGAAUCGUCAGAAUUGAAGAGUCUGAAGGAGACCCUGACGGGCAAGAACAACGAGCUGAGGACUCUUGAGUCCAAGCAUGAAGAUCUACGUGCAGAGUUGAAGACUUCAAAGACAAAAAUAUCGGAACGUGAUACAGAAGUCAAUACUUUGAACAAAAAGAUCCGCCAGGAGACGGACAGCCGUCUCAAGGCAGAGGAGCAUCUUAAUGUUGCCCAAUCAGACCUCCGCUCUGCCGAGUCAAGAAAGCAAGAUGCUAUUAAUGCCAAGGACAAGACCGCGGGAGAUCUCUCUAAGGCCCAAGAUAAUCUCAGGACCUCUCGCACAAAGAUCCGAGAGAUGGAUGAGCAAAUGAGCCAACUGAACAAGGAACUCGGAAGCUUACGCGAGGAGAUCCAGUUGAAGACAGCUCAACACUCCAGUGCUCAGAGUCUGAUGAACAACAUGCGCGAUCAGACUGCUGAAGUCGCCAUGCAAAUGAAAGAGGCUCGUGAACGAUGUGACAGUUUGGAGGAGGAGUUAUCAGAUGCUCAUCGUCUACUGAGCGAGCGUACUCGUGAGGGUGAGACUAUGCGUCGUCUUCUCAGCGAGAUUGAAGGUCGCAUGGAUGCCAAGGUUCGCGACUUCAAGGAACGUAUGGAGACAGCCGUCGAGGAGCGCGACCGUGCCGAAGACGAGGCUAGUACUCAGGGACGUCGUCGGGCCCGCGAGAUGGAGGAGCUAAAGGCUAAGGUCCGCGAAGCCGAACGGGCACUGCGCACCGCAGAAGAAGAUAAAGAAGAGCUUGAACAUUCUCAAAAGGACUGGCGGCGACGCCGUGAGGAGCUAGAGCUUCUUUCCGAACGCUCUACCCAGGAAGUAGAGGAAGUUCGCCAAGCCAUGGCCGGGCUACGUGAAGCACUAGACGGAAGCGAGAAACAAGUUCGUGAUCUAGAGAAAGAAAAGGCUGAGCUCCGUCGCUCCGUGGAGGAGACAAACAACCGACUGGAGAAGCUGCGGAAAUCACACAAGACGCUUGGCGAAGAUGUUCGCCUUCGUGGAUUGGAUUCUGGUCGUCAAUCUUCACGAUCAUCGAUUGACUCUGGUUCUCGACGCGGCAUGGCUUCUCCGUCUGGACAAGAUCGCAGCGCGUCUAGUCGUCGUAGUGAAACGCCAUCUGUAUCUGGUACGGCGAGCAACCAGUCCAUUGAUUAUAUGUAUCUCAAGAAUGUCCUGCUGCAAUUUUUGGAGCAAAAGGACAAGAACUAUCAGAAACAGUUGAUCCCUGUCCUGGGGAUGCUGCUACAUUUUGAUCGGUAA